AUGGGAAAUGAAUGUAAAUAAUGCAAACAAGAUUCUUAAUCUGUAAUUCUCCAAACCUAACAAAUAAUUUAAACUUAAUCUCAUUAAUAUAGUUUUGGAAUGAAUCACAUUGACAAUGAUAUUAAUUUUGAGUUCUCUAGUCUUGAUAUUCAUUCUGUUCCCUAAUUUGGUCUCGAAUAAAAAAAAAUUAAAGCUAAUCUUCUACCUCCUUAAGCCUUAAGUAUCGUUUCAGAUCAAUUUACUAUGACCUAAUCAGAAAAUGAAGAAAGUUUAGAGUAAUAAAAUGAUUGGGAAGCCAAUUGUCAAUAAUAAAUUUAAAGGUUUACAAGUGAAGAAGAAAAUUUCAUAAGUUUUUAAUCAAUAAACUAAGGAAACAUAAUUGGAAAUAAUUAAACAACAUCAUCAGAACUAUAAAUAUAAUUAUAAUAGUAAUAAUAAUCUUAUAGAUCAAUUUAGAAAUAAAGAUUAUUAAUUUGGGAUUCAAGAACUGUCAACUAGGAGUUAAAAUAAAAGAAAAAAAUCAUUUCUAACUCAGAGAUUUAAUUUAAUAAAUUCGAUUAAAAGUAUUUUGCUCAGAAUGAUGUAGAAAGAAGAAAUAUUCUUAAAAGGAAGAAUGAUACUUUAAUCAAAAAAAAUGAAAAAAAAAUUAUUAAUUCUAAUUCAAAAAAAGAUGAAUUUUAAUGUUAGUAAAUUAAUCGUCGUACAUUUUUAUAAAAAAGUGUAUUUAAUGAUUAUGAUUGA